ACGUUCCUGAGGAGCUUGCUCUCUGCUUGCAGGGAUCGGGCUGGGGGCCCCAGUUGUGAACUCUUUCCCCGUAUGGCGAUGGCGGGCAUGGAAAAGUUUUCCUCCGCCUCUCUAUCCCACAAGGAGCUCCAAACGAAGCCGAGAGCUGGAAGAUCCCAGCUAGGGAAAAGGCAGGACUAUGGAACUGCCUGCCACUAGAUGUAGCCAUGGUCACCGACUUGGAUGGCUUCAAGAGUGGAGGUUUUAGUCAUCAGAGUUACUAGCCACUAUGGCUAGUUUCCACCUCUACUGUUGGAGAGCCAGUGGGUGUGAGCUUCUGAAGGAUAGUCACUGGGAGCCACGGGUGGGGAGCAUGGUGUGGGGGCUUCUGCUGCACUCCAGGCAUCCUUUGGGACUGCCCCUUGGAUGCAUUUACGGGGCCAGUGUGGGAAGCUGGAUGCUGGUACAGAUAAGCCCCUUUAGCCUGACCCAGCAGCUGGGCUCUUCUUGGAGAAUGAGAAGUGCUGGGUCAAUGAGUUCUUCAUCCUUGCACGCCACAGUUGAGGCUGUGUCAAGACUGACCUUCGGCCUCUUGGGGAGCAGUCAUGGCUGGCAGGUGGCAUCAGCCCCACUCACUUUCCCAGCAAGUGCCAAUGCAGUCCAAAGUGCGUUUUCUCAGAAGCAAGUUCCAGCCAGCAUCUUUUCCUUGGACCUCUGCUUCUCAUGCCCAGCACUGACCCACUCUGCUCUCAAGGAUCUGUGCCCUUGAAAAGAGGAUAUUUUAAGUUAAAGGUGGGGAUCCUUUAGCUCAAGAUGGCCUUUUCCUUAUUAAAAAUUUUCUGAAGUCUGCAAGGAAAGGGGCGGUCCAUUGUUAGGAAUCAUCAGGGAAGAGCCAGCAAAGCUGUGAUGGUCCCGAGACCCAUUUUCUUGUUCUGUGGGAGUGGCGAGGGCAGUUCUGCUUUCCACCCUGCUGUGGCUGCCAGCUUUGCAAGUUGGCAUGCCCAUGCCUCCCUCUCUGGCCCUGGCAUCCAUCAGCCUCCUUGGCAGGAUGGACAGGGCUGGCGUCCUUGUCCAGCCACGUGCCUCUUUUGCGACGCUUUGUGGCUGCCAUCCUCAGCACUUCCUUCUUUCCUUAGGCUGCCCAGAUUGGCGAAGAGCUGGCGGCGUUUGAGGAAGCUGCCUGUGCCCUGCGAGGCUCCCUGGUGGAAGCAGCUGCCAGGCCAAGCGCCGCCUCUGCCUCCUUGAUUUAGCCAGCAGCCUGAAACAUGCAGCAGUAGCGGGAUGGUUGGCCACCCAGUCUGGAAUGUCGUCCUGGACGACCACCGUUGAGGGCGACGGCACGACUCCCAAGUUCUUUGUGGGCUCCCGAGAUGACGAGGUGGACCUCCCGGGAUCAGACAUGAAGAUGGAUGAGAUUGACUUCUUUGAGGAUGACGAGGAGGAGGAAGAAUCACCUCCGGAGCGGCAGAUUGUGGUGGGCAUUUGUGCCAUGACCAAAAAGUCCAAAUCGAAGCCCAUGACACAGAUCUUGGAGCGGCUGUGCAAGUUUGAAUACAUCACGGUGGUGAUCAUGGGGGAGGACGUCAUUCUGAAUGAGCCUGUAGAGAACUGGCCGCCCUGCGACUGCCUCAUCUCCUUCCACUCCAAAGGCUUCCCACUGGACAAGGCUGUUGCUUACGCCAAGCUCCGCAGCCCUUUUUUGAUCAACGACCUCAAUAUGCAGUAUUACAUCCAGGACAGGCGGGAGGUGUACCGGAUCUUGCAGCAGGAGGGAAUUGACCUGCCUCGCUACGCAGUGCUCAACCGGGACCCUGACAAGCCGGAUGAGUGCAACCUCGUGGAGGGGGAGGACCACGUGGAGGUCAACGGGGCCAUUUUCCCCAAGCCCUUUGUGGAGAAGCCGGUCAGUGCUGAGGACCACAAUGUCUACAUCUACUAUCCCACCUCAGCUGGUGGGGGCAGCCAGCGCCUUUUCCGCAAGAUUGGGAGCCGCAGCAGCGUCUACUCCCCUGAGAGCAACGUGCGGAAAACUGGCUCGUACAUUUACGAGGAGUUCAUGCCCACAGACGGCACAGAUGUCAAGGUGUACACGGUCGGCCCAGAUUACGCCCAUGCAGAGGCCCGAAAGUCCCCGGCUCUCGAUGGGAAGGUGGAACGGGAUAGUGAAGGGAAAGAAAUCCGUUACCCUGUGAUGCUGACGGCUAUAGAGAAGCUGGUGGCCCGGAAAGUCUGUGUGGCUUUCAAGCAGACAGUGUGCGGCUUCGACCUCCUGCGGGCCAACGGCCACUCCUUUGUCUGUGACGUCAACGGCUUCAGUUUUGUGAAGAAUUCCAUGAAAUAUUACGAUGACUGCGCCAAGAUCCUGGGGAACAUUAUCAUGCGUGAACUGGCUCCCCAGUUCCAGAUCCCCUGGUCCAUCCCCACGGAGGCAGAGGACAUCCCCAUCGUGCCCACCACCUCGGGGACAAUGAUGGAGCUGCGCUGUGUGAUUGCGGUUAUAAGGCAUGGUGACCGGACUCCCAAGCAGAAAAUGAAGAUGGAAGUGAAGCACCCCAGGUUCUUUGCGUUGUUUGAGAAGUACGAGGGCUACAAGGCUGGGAAGCUGAAGCUGAAGAAGCCAGAGCAGCUUCAGGAAGUGCUGGACAUCGCCCGCCUGCUGGUGCUGGAGGAGGGAGCUCAUGAGGACUCUGAGGCUGAGGAGCAGAAAUCCAAGCUGGAGCAGCUCAAAACUGUGCUGGAGAUGUAUGGGCACUUCUCUGGCAUCAACCGCAAAGUGCAGCUGACCUACCUGCCCCACGGGCGCUCCAAAGCAUCCAGCGAAGAGGAAGAGGCCCGCAAGGAAGCCUCCCCGUCUCUGCUGCUGGUGCUGAAGUGGGGAGGUGAGCUGACUCCCGCCGGGAGAGUGCAAGCUGAGGAGCUGGGGAGAGCCUUCCGCUGCAUGUACCCGGGGGGCCAAGGGGACUACGCUGGCUUCCCAGGAUGCGGCCUCCUUCGCCUGCACAGCACUUACCGCCACGACCUCAAGAUUUAUGCCUCCGAUGAGGGCAGAGUCCAGAUGACUGCAGCUGCCUUUGCAAAGGGCCUCCUUGCACUGGAGGGGGAGCUGACACCCAUCUUGGUCCAGAUGGUGAAGAGUGCCAACAUGAACGGCCUGCUGGACAGCGACAGCGACUCGCUCAGCAGCUGCCAGCACCGGGUGAAAGCUCGCCUCAGGGAGAUCAUGCAGAAGGACGCCAACUUUGGGGAGGAGGACUUUGAGAAGCUGGCGCCCACGGGCAGCAUCUCGCUCGUCAAGUCCAUGAGCAUCAUCCAGAACCCUGUGGAGAUCUGUGACCGGGUCUUUGCCCUGAUUGAGAGCCUCACGUCCCAGAUACAAAAGCGCCUGGAGGACCCCAAGUCUGCAGACCUGCAGCUGUACCAUAGUGAGACACUUGAGCUGAUGCUUCAGCGCUGGAGGAAACUGGAGCAGGAUUUCCGCCUGAAGAACCAGCGCUAUGACAUCAGCAAGAUCCCCGACAUCUAUGACUGCGUCAAGUACGACGUGCAGCACAAUGCAGCUCUCAAGCUGGAGGGCACCUCCGAGCUGUUCCGGCUCUCCAAGUCCCUGGCGGAUGUUGUCAUCCCCCAGGAAUAUGGCAUUAAGAAACAAGAGAAGUUGGAGAUAGCUGUGGGCUUCUGCCUGCCUCUCAUCCGGAAGAUCCAGCUGGACCUGCAGAGGACCCACGAGGAUGAGUCUGUCAACAAGCUGCACCCCCUGUACUCGAGGGGAGUCCUGUCUCCGGGGCGCCAUGUCCGGACACGCUUGUACUUCACCAGCGAGAGCCACGUCCACUCCCUGCUCAGCAUCUUCCGCUAUGGGGGCCUCCUGGAUGAAUCGAAAGACCCUCAAUGGCAGAGGGCCAUGGACUACCUUAGUGCCAUCUCGGAGCUGAACUACAUGACGCAGAUUGUCAUCAUGCUCUACGAGGACAACAACAAGGACCCUUCCUCUGAGGAGAGGUUCCACGUGGAGCUGCACUUCAGCCCAGGGGUGAAGGGCUGUGAGGAGGACGGCAGCGCCCCGGCAGGCUCUGGUUUCCGCCCGGCUUCCGCAGAGAAGGAAGCCAAGAAGCCGGAGGAGGGGAGCCUAGAGGAACUGUCCAAGCCCAAGGCCAUUGUGGAGAUGGACCAAGCCCAGCACCUCUCCUCUCCACCCCUGGAACCCAUCUACGUCCAGCGGAGAUCCCCUCUCAUCCGCAACCGCAAGACUGGCUCCAUGGAGGUGCUGUCUGAAUCUUCCUCCAAGGCAGGUGGCUAUCGCCUCUUCUCCUACUCGCGGCAUUCCUCAGAAGUGAAGCAGAGCGGGUUAGGGUCACAGUGCACGGGUCUCUUCAGCACCACAGUCCUGGGGGGCUCCUCCAGUGCCCCCAACCUCCAGGAUUAUGCCCGCAGCCAUGGGAAGAAGUUCGCCUCCAGCUUUCUAUACAAAGAUGAGCUCUUGUCUAUGCCAGCUGUAAAGCGGUUUUCUGUGUCAUUUGCAAAGCAUCCAACUAACGAUGAGCUGGAAGGCCCCUGCGGGCGGCUGCUGCUGCGCCACUUUUCCUCUGACUUUGCCGCCCGCCAGCCCGCCUCCCUCCUGGAUGCCGCCCUGGCACAUCACCUCCGCCAGUGCUCCUACCACUUCCGCCUCUUCCGGGACUGGCUGGUCUCUGGCCGGGGGGACCUGGAGAGCCUCGACGGCUUUGAAGGCUGCUCCAUGGUGCCCAGCAUCUACCCCUUGGAGACCCUGCACAACUCGCUCUCCCUGCGCCAGGUCAACAGCUUCCUGACGGCCGUCUCCAGGACCUGCAGCACCAGCACUCCCCACCCAGGAGCUGCCCCAGACAGCAGCGGCCCCUCCAGCACCGUCUCCAGCGCAGGCCCUUCGUCGCCCACCUCCUCUGUGGAGAGCUGCCCCCGCUUCAGCUUUGUCUCUCAGACCAGCAAGGAGCGGCUGGCAGGGCCCAUGGAGGGGAGCCAGCCGGGCAACAACGGAGCCUUCAGGGAGAAGGGAGAUGAACAGAGCCUUGCCAGGGAAGCCUCAGCACAGGAAGAGAAGGAGGAGACAGAGCCUGGCGGGCAGGCAGCCACAACCAUACUGCAGAAGGGACUGGAGGGAGGGGAGGAGGCUGCCUCACCCCAGGAGGAAGAGGAGGUGGUGGGGGGGGAAGAGAGUGAGCAGCUGCCCGCGGCACUGGAGCUGCUGGAGGUUGGGAGCAGCAGAGGUGCAAAGGAAGGGCAGGCAAGCGAAGGACGGAGGGAGCUGGACCUGCCAGAGGAGGAGGAGGAAGAGGAGGCAGCAGCAGCGGAAACUGGCUCAGGAGAGGCCACCUGGGAGGAGGCCCUGCUCAGUCCCUUUCUCCCGGUUGGGGAAAGCACUUAGGCAGGAGAGGCCUGCUGC